AUGGUGUCUUUUUUAAUGCCGUUUGAAAGAGGCUCAAGAGACAAUAAUGACGGAGUGACCAUACCAGAAGUAGAUUUAUUUAAUGAGAAGAGGAGGAAGCAAGAAAGUGAUACGGGGGGUAUACUGGGUGCAACAGCUAUGUCUGUACUCUGGGAAGGCCAGAGUAUAGACGCGAUACUGCGACGUGGUUCUAGAGAUGGCGAGGGCCAGAGCAGGAAGAGAAGAAACUCCCUGCAGAUGGAUCCAUCGAAUGAGCAUCGAGAUUAUAAAACAUCAAAACUUGAUUCAAGACAGGACCGAAAUAAAGGGAAUGACAAAGGAGGGUCAAGUCGACCGUUCUUAACGAACACACAAGAACCAAUAACAGAUGCUGCUGCUUCUGAGGAAAAGCAAAGUUUACAAGAUUCAGGGGAUUUCCAAGAAUCACAGUGUUUAGAAGAAGAUUCAAGAGUCAAAGACGUGCGAGGGCAACUGUUCCAACCACUGCCGUCAUCAAAAUUGUCAUCUAUCACAAUCCCUACCCAUGGUUUUGCAAGUACCCAGGGAAAGGAAACACGAAAAGAAGUGUUAUAUGAAAACAAUGACCAAUGGAUAUUUCCAACAAGGAUACGCAAGAAUCAAAUGCCUUCACGACGUCUAAUACCUAAUUCUAAAUAUAUUGAAUUUUACAACCAAUGUGUUGAGAACACAUUCAAUGCAGAUUACCUUGGUGAUUCAGAAUUGACAACACUGAAGAUCAAUUAUGAUGGGUGGUAUGAGGUAAAGCUAGAAAACCCGGGUAUUUUGUGGACUUUUAAAGAUAAAGAACGAUUUUUUGAUUUAUUGGGGAAACUAUCCAUUCAUCGUUUGGAUUUACUUGCUGAAGCGAUGGAAAAGAGCGAGAUAGAAGUGAUGGGAUAUUAUUUAUUGUUGAAGCGGGAAUUACAUAGGAUCAAGAAUGGACAAUGGGAUGAAGAAGAAGAAGAAUAUAAUGCGACAAAAAAGAAGAAGAAGAAGAAGAAGAAGAAGAAGAAGAGGAAAAAAUGGGCACAAAAGUUGAUCAAGUAUAAAGAUGUACCAUUUGCCUUUGAGAUGCUGGACCAGUUUAUAGAAUUCGAAGAUGAGCAAAGUAGUGCUAUUGAGAAUUAUAUUGAGAAGAAAAAGAAGAAGAAACUAGAGGAAGUCCAGGAUAUGAUGAGGGAGGAAGAGAUGGAAGAGAUGGAAGACGUUGAGGUCCAGGUUGAAGCGGAUGAUGAACAAGUGGGGCGUGCUGACGACGAGAGUAUUAUUGAUAUUACCAGGUUGAAUAGAAUGUUGUUCACUACAGUUGAUGAAGAAUCAUUUCAUUUAUUUGAAACAGUAAUCAAAAGCAUCACUAAGCGUAUAAUUCUCAAUUUGAUCAUUUCAACAAAACCUGUCAAUGAAUAUAGCAAAUCACAUAAGGCGAAUCAAGGUGGAGAAGCCCUUUUUGAAACACAGUCUGGUUCCGAUACUGAUAUGCAACUUCAACUGGUUAAAGUGAGUGAUGUCCAUGAUAGUUUAAGAAGCCUUGAUUUUGAUCAACCCGAUUUUCUAUUUUUGAAAAAGAAUAAUAUAGCGCAGUACAAGAGAGAUGGCGGAUUAAUUGUUGAAUGGAAUCGAUUAUUAGGUGAUAAGUUUCACGUACCUUCCGUUUUUCCAAAGCCUAAAAUUGGUUUAUCCCGGGUUCAUUCUGGAGCAAAGAAAAUAAUGACAAUUAAUAAUCUUGAGAGGGUAAAGGAAAAGAAAAGGGAAAGGAAAAGGAGGGAUGAGAAAUUAGAGGAUGAAUUGAUUGAAUUAGAGACGAAAGAAUUGAAUCGGAGUGAUGAAUCGGAACUGAAACUGUAUGAAUGUAAAUUGGUAGCAAUGUUAUCGAACGAGGAUGGCAUGAGCAUUGAAAAACUUGAUGUUGACAAGCAAGGGGAACAAAUGGAUUAUAGUCAUGAUGUGAAAUCGGCAUUUAAGAGGAAAGUAAUACGAAAAGGGAAGAAGAUAAUGAGUCGAGAAUUUGCAUUUUAUCCUAGUGAUUGUGAAGAGGAUAUUGUAUUCGAGACAGAAUCUCCCAUGUCAGCAUUAGAGGAGCAUUCUCAAGUAACAUGUGGUGCUGACCUGCAACAGACACUGGAUGAUAAUUUGAUUCAAGAUGACGCGAAGGAAAAAGAGGAGCAGCCGGAACUGAACACGGGUUUAGAUAUCAAAAAAUCUGCCACUUUGAAUAUAAACCAAUUGAGUGGGAAGGUAAAUGAGAUGGGCGCCGAAUAUACAAACCAAGUGGAUGGGUUUUAUGAUGAGCCAAUUGAGCUCGAUGAGUAUUUUUGA